AUGUCCCAAUCUCCAGCCACACGACCAGUACCAACGCCAACACCAUGCUGGCAGAUCCAACCCGUGACGCACACAACCACACCCCAAGUCGUGCGCUUCAUCAAAGAAGCGCGCCGCGAAAUGUUCCCGCAGCUCUGCGCUCAGCGCGACGAUGAAGUCGCCCGCUGGAUCCAAUCAGGCUGUUUUCUCUUCGCAACCAACGAAUCGGCACACACGCAAUCGGAAUCAAAAGAUCAAGAUGAAAAAGAAAUCAUAGCUACAAUCGGCUUUGUCCCGUAUCACCACCGCUUCACACACUUCCCGCCUUACUCCGAUGCCCGCCGCACCGUAGAGGUAGUGCGGCUCUUUGUGCUGCCGCCGUUCCGGCGCUGUGGACUCGCGUCUGCGCUAGUGUGUGCGCUGAAGCGGCGCGCGGUGCAAGAUGGGGUAGGGAGAUUGUAUUUGCAUACACAUCCUUUUUUGCCUGGUGCCAUUGCUUUUUGGGAGAAGCAUGGGUUUGGCAUUAUGUGUGUUGAGGAGGAGGAUGGGGUGUGGAGGACUACGCACAUGGAGAUGUUGGUUGGGGAGGAUGGAUGUGCGUAG